CGCACUUUGAAGAGUGGCCGACAGAAAAGUAGUUGGCAUGGCGGUGGAGUGGACGUCUCUGUGCGUGGACAAGUUGUAGAUGGAAAAUGGACGUGUGACAAGCAGAAAGAGACACCGAUCAACAACUCCCUCAAAGUCAUGCUCCUGUUAUGCGUCUGUCUGUUUUGCGCGCUGCUUUUACGCACGAAUGGGAAAACGAUUGGAGAGCUCAGUGGGACUGCGGGACGCCUUCUGCAUGUCGAUGACGGGAACCUUUCAAGGCAGGAUCACAUGAAACAAGAGCCCUUUCAGCAGCAACAAGAAGUGCUCCAAGCCCUGCCAGGUUCUGCCUUUGACCUGAAGGUCCAGGUGAACGACGUGCUGAGCCGUCAGUACCUGAGUCAGGCUGUGGUCGACGUCUACAUCAACUACACCAGGACCCUCAGUGCUCUUACUGCAGAGGACGGUGCUGUUCUGCUUCAUGUACCUCACCACAGUGGGCUGCCUCUCACGGUUGUGGCCAGCAAGGACGGCUACAUCAGUACACUGCUGCCUUGUAAAACCAACCGAACACCAAUAUUUUCGUCUGUGACUAUGACACUGUAUGGUCGGAAUCAAGGAAACAUCUGGCUCUUUGAAGAUUCAGUCCUCAUCACUGGCAGAACAUCUGAUGCAUCAGCCCAGCCCACUGUCAGGUUUCCUAAGAGUCUGCUGAACCUGACACGCAGCAGCAACAUCACCUCUGUUACAGCCUUCCUCUCUGUUCCCAGACUGACGUCAGAGCAGGACGGCUUCUUAAACACUCUGGGCAUCAUGAGCAGUAAAUCAGGUUAUGUCAGUGUGGAGUUAAGCCCGGUGGCAGCUGUCAGUGUGCAGCUCUUCUCAGGAGACACAGAGUUAAAUGUGAGUGGGCCCAUCCAGCUCAGCCUCGGUGUUUCUGACAGCUGUGGACUGCAGACGUCAAAUGUUGUUCCUGCCUGGUUCUUUAACCGCACCACUGGUGGAUUUAUGAGAAAAGGACUAGGAAAGGUGACAUCAGUGGAUGGAAAACUCACGUGGACAUUCACAGCUCCUCACCUCGGCUACUGGAUUGCUGCACCUUUGUCAUCUACCAGAGGUUUCUUUGGACUGGCUGUUCCCAUUGACUUCAUCUUACACCAUUCGUUUUUCCUGAUGGCUCUCGUAGGAGGAACUCUUGUUAUAGUCAUCUGUCUUCUGCUUGGAUUAAUAUGUUAUUGCAGAAGCGCACCCAGUGAUAAGAACGCAAAGAAGAUCCUCCCGGUGAUGAAAAAAGACCAAACCACCUCCACAUGUGAUGAUGAAGUAUUUGAAGCCUUUCACCCACAGGAUGGACUGAACAGCAAUAACAUAAUAGCCAACCCCAAUGUGGCCAUUACGCUGGAGUACAACGAACUGGAGCUUAACACUGACCUGAAUGAUCUGACGGGUUCACACAAGACCUCAGAUCAAAUCAGAGUUGCAGCAUCUCUGACAGACAAUUUGUUUUUCUACAACCAGCCUGUAGCCAUUCUUCACGCUCCAGCGUUCUUCCAUUUGGAGGAACAGCCAGAGCAGUGGAGCAAGUCGGCCACUCUUCCCCGUACGGGGGCUUCAAACGGCGCUGCCACCGAGCCGCUGAAUAAGGACAGCUUCACCCAGACGCUGGCAAAAAGUCCCUCUGAGACCCAGAACCAGGCAGCAGAGACCGAGGAUCAGCUUGGAGGUUUAGAGGGUUCUCCGGCGGCAGCAUCCACCACCACAGCCAGAAGUCCCUUCAGCCUCCCAGAGUCGAUGUCGGUGCCAGGAACGUUAAAUAAAAUCGGUGACAACAGACACUCUGCGCAUGUCUUGGGAGCAUUGUCUAAAAUACCAUCUCCUCAGCCUCCUCGGGCCUGGUUUGUCUCACUGGAGGGCAAACCUGCAGCUGAGAUCCAUUACAAUGUGUCAGAGCAGCAGAGGAGGCGGAGGCCGGUGGAGAGUCGGGAAACCAGUCUGGACUCAGGGGUGGACAUGAGCGAACUGAACCAGACGUCUGGUAGGAGGACUGUAACUCUGGAGCGCAAUGCUACCUUUGUCAAAAGCACAUCCCACAGUAAACCUACACCUCCACAUUAAUAACUAACUGCUUAAAGCCAUCCGAGUUUGUUAUUAAACAGCAUCGAUGAGUGACUUAUUUACCUUGUUGAUCAAAUUUAGAAUGCAGGAUGAAUGCACAGCCACAUCUCUGCCAUCAUAUUACCCUCAGUCUGCAUUACAGCUACUGUGCAUGUAGAAAAUUUCACAUUUCAAAGAAAGUUCAGACUUGGUGGUCAUUUCUGUGGCUUUAACAUUACAUUUUAAAAAUGUUUCAUAUACCACCCACUUUUAAGAGUCUUUCUCAUCUCUUAUAUUAGUCCCUUAAACUGUAUCACUUUUUGUAAACAGCGUCAAUUUCAUUUGAUUAUUUGUUCUAUUUGUCCACUUAUAGCCUUACUUUUUAAUACUACAGUAGUGAUCAGUCUUCAGCUUUGUGCACUCAAAGACUGACUUGUAAAGACUGAAUGUGUUUUGUUGAAAAAGUUAUUUUAUUUGUAUGUAUUUAUGUAUGUUUUGGUGUAUGUUGUCUGUUGUCUAAUUUAAACACUGACCAUGGUGAUAUUGAUGUAAUCUGUUAUCUUCCAAGUACAAGCAAGGGAGACAGUUUCUGCAAUAAAUCUACAUUGUUAUGCUUCUGUCUUAAUGCAGUAAAACUGUAAUAACUAUCUAAUUAUUUGUAUGAACUCGGCCAUUUGUAUGACCAUGUACAUACAGGGGAAAACUGCCAAUUUUUUACAGUGAAAGGAGGAAUUUGCAUCGGUGGGUAGCAACUGACUUGUGCUCAGAAUCUCCUCUAAUAACUUCUCAAGACCCUCUCAAGACAGAGUGUUUCCUCAACCAUUGGAGAUUUGACAACAAAACUCAGUAUUUGUUUUCAUUUUUAAAAUUUUUUGGUCUUCUAACUUCUUAACAAACACAUUUUACUGUGAAUCAGACUUGAAGGUUGCAAACUCAAAUUUCAAAUCAGAGUUGAUAGUUCAUCUCAGCAUUACAGAUGCAGUAUUGAUAAUAACUGGCAGCAGUGGCAGAUAUACAAUGUGGAACAAUAGAUGUUUGCUUACUGUACAUUUACUGUACAUCUCUGAGGUACUUGCACUUUACUUGAUUAUUCUCUUUUCAUGCAGCUAUGUGCUUCUACAUGACAUUUCAGAGGAAAACAUUGCACUAGAUUUUUUGACUGCUGGAGAUGGGUGAUAAAUUAAAAGAGAACAACCAGCACUAAGUUUCUUAGUAAGGUGUUGGGCCACAUGUCACCAGAACAGCUUAAAUGAAACUUAACAUUGAUUCUUCAAGUCCAGCUCUACUGGACAGAUGGAACACCAUCCAGUAAAAUCAUAACAUACUAACCUAUCAGUAAUGACAACUCCUAAUUCUUCUCUUUGUUUUAGUUCAAGAAAGUGCAUUUUGUAAAUGCUCACAUUUAAGCAACUGUCUUUUUACAAAACAUGAUAAACAACCUGAAGUUUCUGAAGAAGAAUAAGUUCAAUUUCAACAAUAGUAUGCCUCAGUUUAUCAUUUACACAUUCGCAUAACAACUUACCGUCAAGAGUUCCCAUCUUGGUCUCUUUGUGUAUAUUCUCUGACUGAACUCUCAAAUGUACAUUCACCUCGGUAAUGAGGGGUUUAUGCACUGAAGUCCUGCUAUGAUGUCUUUCUCUAUGUCAACAGACUGUUCUGUUCAGUUGGAUUAUGUCCUGCACUGACUUUUUCUGUGGCUGAUUCUUAGUCUUUUGUGGAAGAUUUGCCUGUAUGUUUUUCUUUGGACUAAAGCAUGAGCAUCAAAGUCAUCACAUGUUUACUGUCAACCACAGUUUCAGAUCCUGUUUAUACUAAAUGAACCUACUUUCAAAGUCAAUUUUUUCCUCUUUCCAUCUUGAUACAAAAUUGUAAUCAACAAAGCCUGCCAAGCGUUUUAUAAAUGAGACAUGACUUGCUCCUAAAGUGAUCAUUUGUUCUAAUUUAAACCACCUAACAGUAAAUGUAUAUGUAGAACUGAAAUGACUCGGUGAUAAGUUUUUUAGUUGAUUGAUUAGAAACUAUUUUAAUGAUCGUUUUGAUGGUUCCAGUUCUCAAGUGUGACUGAUUUGCUGCUUGUCGUUUUGAUUAUUUUAUUAAAUGUAAUUUAUUUUAAAAUCAUUUUAAGGUUUGGAACGUUGGUCUGAUUCUUGCAAUUUUAACAGCAUUUAACAGCAGUAGGAGUUGGUGUGAGUCCUUUUGCUAAAGUAAUGGUUCUGAAUAGCCUGAGUAACCUGCUGACUGCUUGAGGCUGUAUGAGAGAUUUACAGAAAAAUGUACACAUGUAUUGCAUCAGCUCAAAGAGGAAGUACAUUUUUCCACCUCUGCUCUUUAUACCCUGCCGUGAGACGACACAAUAAGGAAGUACUGUUGCUUUCUGUUUAAAAUACGCUAAACUUUAAUACUUGAUCUUUAGAUCCAUUUUUAAACCUGCAGUUUUUCUUCAACCUGAGUACAACAAGACUGUACAGGCUAUGGACAAGCUGAAGUCAGACCAGAACAGACUGUGUUUGUGGCUUUCAGAAGACCCUGAAUACAUCCUUGAUCAAUGUGGGGACGUUUUAUCUAUGAAUGAAUUUAGAGAGGUUCAAAAACAAAAAAGUGCUUUAGACAAAAUGAGACUGCUUUUGAAAAUAAUCCUUCACAAGGGAGAAAUGACCUGUCAGAGCUUUGUGGACAUUCUGAGGCAACAUCAAGCACAUUACCAACAACUUCAGCAGUAUUUCAACUCUCACACUCAAGGUUCGCUCAUUCCAGGGGCGGUCGCUGAUGGUAGCAGUGUUGUGAUCAGCAGAGAAAUAACUGAUACGACAGCAAAAUCCCUUUCUGUUAACAUUGAAACAGUCAGCAAUCCAGGAAGUCAUUCAUCUGAAAAUGUUGCUCCACAUGCAGCCUACACUGCACAGGGAGGCAGUGUAAUAUGUGCUGAUAAAUUUUCUGGAGUCACCAUUGAUGGCGAUUUCAAUUUAUCAGUGUGUGUGAAACCAUCACAAGUACAAGCAGAUGCUGUAGAUGCCACACUGUCUUCUCCUCAGGGCCCUGCAGGGAAAAGGAUUACUGAGCACAAAGUGGAGCUCAUUGACUGCCUGAGAGCGGAUCUCUUCAUUCUGCAACAUGUGCAUGCCAAAUCCAUGGUCACAGACAGACAGUAUCAAAACCUGAAGCAUGCCUCUCCCCCAGACGAAACUGUUAUCAAACUGAUAGAUCAGGUGAUAAGGAAAGGGGAAGAGACCUGUGUUCAGUUUCUUCAGGUUCUCAAAGACCCUGAAGUUCUCAAGACAUAUCCAAAACUGAAAAAAAUUCUAAACAUUGAAUCUUAGCAAUCAUGGAGAUCAUUUAUAAAAGCUCCAAUGAGGAACUGUGUCUCUGUUUCCCUGCACCUGCUGUAAUCCUUUGUGUUUGUGACUGAGUAAGACUUAUGCUUUGUUGUUUCUUUUAUGCAGAAAAAGUUUUAUGGAACUCAGCUUGCAUGCUCACUGGUUUAAAGUUUAAAAAUAUGUAUCUCCUGCUACAGAAAAAACAGCCAGUGAUGACUGAGAAUACAGACCUUUUGACCUUUACAGUAUGGUCGAGCAGAUUAUAGUUGGGGACAGAGACACAGGAGGAACAAUGGAGAGAAUUUGUUUUUCAAAGAGUAUUUUUGCUUUGAAAAUGUUUGUGCUUUUUUAUUUAUUUAUGGCAAACCUUAAAUAAAACCAGAAAGCAUACUCUACAA